AUGGAAACAUCCAACCUCACGCUCUUGAUCCUCUACCUCGCCAUCCCAUCUCUCCUCAUAUCCGCCGUACAACAAAUCCUAUCAUGGCGUAAGAAAUCCAGCCUGGUAGGUGGCUCUUCAGGGGGCAAAGUCAACAAGUUCCCCGGCCCGCGCCAGUUCCCCGUUGUCGGCCGCAUCCACGAUCUGCCACGCUUUUCGCUCUGGCUCAAAUUCAAGGAGUGGGCGGAUGAGUUUGGCCCCAUUUAUACAACUUCGGUCCCGGAUGCCACCUUUAUCAUUCUCUCAGAUGAGAAGAUUGCUGAGGAGCUGCUUGUGAAACGGGGACAUAUUUACUCUGGACGGCCGCAAAUUCGGAGCUUGAUUGGACAUAAGGAGGGUGUGGUUUACAGUGCUUUGAUGGAUCGUCAUGACACCUGGAAGUUACAACGCAAAUGGGCCCAUGCAGCCAUGGCCGCUGCCUACAAGAACCAUUUCUACGGACACGUCGAGUCAGAGAUGCGUCGCUUCCUAGUCAUGAUCCUCUUCGACCCAGACCGCUUCCUCGACCACACGCGCGAGUACUGCGGUCGUGUCAUGAGCCGUCUAGCCUGGGAUGACGCCACGCAGGGCCGUCUAAACGGUGAUAGCGCCGACAAGACACUCCAUUGCAUGUCCGUCUCAGGACCUAUUACCAACACCAUGACGCCGCUGUGGUCCUUGCCGGCUGCUAUUAACCCCUGGUACAAGUACGAAGUCCAGAGAGAGGCCGAGCUGAGGCAGUGGUGGUUGGGUCUCUUCCGGAAGGCCAAGGAAAGGAUGAGGAAGGGUGAGCUGCCGAGUGAUACGUGGGCGUAUAGGUACUUUGAGCAAGUGAUGCAGGAUACGGCGCCGGCGACGCCUGAUACCGCCAGAACCCCGGGUCCGGAUGUCAGGAAUGCCGAGAAGGCCCCUUCCACAGCAGCAACUGAAGAGGUAUACGAAAAGAAAGAUACACUCGACCAACCCGAAAAAGACGAGACCUUCGCCUCGUGCAUGAUCGGCUUCCUCAACCUCGUCGGCGUCGUCACCAUUUCCGGCCCACUCAAGUUCUUCCAGAUGGCCAUGGCUUUGCACCCAGAGUGGCAGCGCAAGGCGCAAGCGGAGAUCGACGAGGUCUGUGGUGAUCGGAUGCCAACCAUCAAGGACUUUGAGAAGCUGCCUACUCUUAGAGCCUGUCUGAAGGAGACAGUCAGAUGGAGGAGCGGAGUCCCGCUUGGGGUGCCGCAUCAGGCGGAGAGGGAUGAUGAGUAUAUGGGUGUCAAGAUCAAGAAGGGGGACAAUUGUUUUGGCUUGUCCAUAAAUCGCAACCCCCAAAAAUACCCAGACCCAGAAACUUACAAUCCAGCACGCUACCUCGACCCCUCCUACCCCACCUUCCAAGCGCCCCUAACUCGGUAUCCCAACUUCCGCGAGGGCUCAUCAAUGCACUCCUUCGGCUGGGGCCGGCGCACAUGCUUGGGGCAAAACAUUGUCGACGACGAGAUGUUUGUCUUUGGCGCGGCGCUGCUUUGGGCGUUUGAUGUUGCUCCGAAAAUAUGUCCGGUUACGGGUAAACAGGUGCCGAUUGAUUCGCAGAAGACGAAUAGUCAUGUUAUUUUGGAGCCGGUGGGGUUUCAGUUGGGGUUUAAGGUUAGGGAGGGGAAGAGGGGGCUGGUUUUGGAGAAUGGGAAGGAGUUUUUUGGGAAGGUGUAG